GUGUCACAUUCAUUUUGUAUUUAAAUUUAAUGCAAUGUCUACCUAGUUAUCUUCGAGGGAGAUAAUUAUGUCUACCUUACCAAUAAUUUAAAGUGCAGUUUUGUUAAGAAAAGCAGUACAUUAAUUAGCUUUCUAGUUGAAUUCACAUCACGCGAAAAUUAAAGCUGCUUCAAGGAAAAAAAUAUCCCUCCACUGGUAAGGUAACGUAAUAGUGUUAGUAGCAGGAACUGCUGAAAUGGAUUACGACGAUUCAACUUCGAAAGCUAAAGGCCGUGGCCGGGGCCGCGGUUCUCGUGGAGGAUCACGAGGACGAGGACGUGGUCGCGGACGAGGUCGUGGUAAAAAGGCAUCCCGUGUUAUUUCGUCCGAUGAGGAAGAAGAUGUGGGAUCGCCGGAGCCGAUCGACAAAGAAAUCGAAGAACCGGCAGCUGUAGCUUCGCCAACCAAAGGAGGACAGGAUACAGAUCAACCUGUUCCGGAGCCUAUUUUUGGAAAAGGAUUGCUGAUUGAGGAAUCUUCGCCUGGUGCGACCGUUGGUACUGUACCUAUUGUAAUCGACAUGGAAGCUGAUAUUUCUCAGUUGGAGGCUCCGACUUUUACAACUAUUUCUCGUGGUCCACCGGAGCCGAUGUUGAGGCUAGAUUGGGACCACAAAGUGAACCUUAUUGGAGAGAAGGUUCUCAACCCAAUGAUUUACAUUUGCGAUUUGUGCGACAAGCCAAUUUUAAUCUACGGCCGUAUGAUUCCUUGCAAGCAUGUCUUCUGUUUAAAGUGCGCUCGUUCGGAAAACCUUAAAAUCUGUCCUCGCUGCAAAGAAAAGGCAGUUCGUGUUGAACAAACUGGUCUUGGAACCGUAUUCAUGUGUACUCAUGGAGGAACUCGCUAUGGUAGUACUGGUUGCCGCAGAACAUAUCUAUCGCAGAGGGAUCUACAAGCACACAUCAACCAUCGACAUGUAACAAAUCCCCCACAACCAGUUCCACCGCCCCAACAACCAGCGGCACAAGUUCUGGAAGCAAAAACUACAACAGUAGGCAAGUCUCCGGUAAGGAAAAAUUCUUCCGAACAGAUGAGCUCUCCACGAAAUACUGCUGGGGGUCAAGGUCCAAUGUCAAUAAAUUAUGUAACCAACACAUACGGAACCUCUAGUACAGCAAGUCAACUGAUUCACAACAUGUCUAUAACUUCACAAACAGCUCAUCUGUCGGAACGUUCGACCUAUUCUCAACAAUCAUCUCCAAGACACGCAAACUCUUCGUCCUCUUGGGGACAACAGUCGCAAUACUAUCGCUAGACGCUGGUACUAGAAAUGACGUACGUACGUAUAAAAUACACUAAUAAAUUGUCCACAUUUUUUAAUGUAAGUACUGUAUGCUCAAUUACAGUAAUAUAAACAAACAUCUUUUAGUAAU